AAUUCCGCGUACGCCGCCUAACAUCAGACACGUGUCCCUCCCGAUCCAAAGCAAAGUUUUCGCCCAUCCCCAUCGCCUUCCCCUCGAUUCCUCCUCCACCUCCUCCUCCUCUCCUUCCCCACGUCGAUCUCACGCUACCCUCGAUCGAGCUCUCUCUGCGGCAAACCCCUCCCUCCUUCCCACCCAAGGGGGAAAGCUCCGCCGCCAUCGUCGUGCUGCUCCCCGUUCCCGCGGAUCCAUCCGGGGCUCUGGGUUGAUCUACCUCGCCGUGACAAACAGUGAGUCGGCAUAAAUUUUGGUACAGUUGAGAAGUUCUUGUGUUGGACAUAUCCCUCCUCCCCUAGAAAUAAGAAGCUGCUUAAGUUCACUAUGUCUGGAAUGCCAUCUGAUGAGGCAACUGGUCAAGUGAGGCUCGAAGGAGAUGUUUCUGACAAAAAGGAAGAAAAAACUCAAGAGCAGAGCGAAGCAAGUGGAAUGCCCUCACCACAAGAAGAGGAAGCAGCCAUCAAGAAAAAAUAUGGUGGAAUACUGCCCAAGAGGACGCCACAUAUAACUAAGGAUCAUGAUCGGGCUUACUUUGAUUCUGCUGAUUGGGCUCUAGGCAAGCAAGGUGGAAGCCACAAACCUAAAGGGCCUCUUGAAGCACUUCGACCAAAACUUCAGCCUACUCAACAACAUGCACGUGCUCGGCGGACUCCCUAUGCAUCUGCUGACAAUGAUGAGUGUAUGAAUUUGCCUCCUGAGGAUUUGAUCCAGAAUGGUGAUCCCAUCGAAGACAAGAACAAGGAAGAACAGUAACGAGUAGCUGCACCCUGUCUAUUUGGAGCGUUGCCAAUCCUGUCCUCGAGCCAAACUGUUGCCUUGGUAAAUAACUAGAGCCAAUGCCUACACUUGUGGGGUUGAGCUCUGCAGUGUUUAACUUAAACGUAAGACGUGGUAUGUCUGGCGUCUACCACAUUCAGCUGUUCAGUGUCUUUCUGGCAUCUGUAACAGCUAGGAAUGAAAACUUACAUAUGAUGCUGUGAUACCGAUGCUGUAGUACCUGAUGUGCAAAGAAACAAAUAAUGCUUCAAAUUCAGCUCCCCAUGAAUGGAAAUUAGUCAAAUUACUGGUGAUGCACUACGA